UUUCCUCUUUUUAUUUAUAUAUAAAUAUAAAUAAAUUUGAAUUGCAAAGAUAGAAAAUUUUAAUCUUAUCCUCUCUUCUCGCUCCUCAUUUAAUGCUCCAAGUCGCGGAGGGAGGGAGAGAGAGAGAAGAAGAGGGUAAGUGAAGCGAAACCGCCGCUCUCGGAACAGGAAUUGGGAAGAAGAGAGGUGGAAUAAAGAGAGAAUCGUUAGAGAGAAGCUGCAAGGAGGGAGCAGAGAGAGAGAGGAUUUCUUAGUAAUCAGGAAUAUUUUGGUCGGUGUUUGAUUAAGGCAAGCGGAUCCUGUUCGAUUGGGCAAGAUGAUGUCGAGAUCGUACACGAACCUUUUAGAUCUGGAGGCGGGGAACUUUCCGGCAUUUGCUGGUGGAGGGUUGGGGACGGGAAAACGCUUACCGCGGGUGAUGACGGUGCCGGGGACUCUUGCGGAGCUAGAAGAAGAGGAGCGGGCGAAUAGUGUGACCUCCGAAGUGCCAUCCUCGCUUGCGCAGGACCGAAUCAUCAUCGUCGCUAACCAGCUCCCUUUACGGGCCAAGCGCCGACCUGACGGCCGGGGUUGGAGCUUCUCAUGGGAUGAGACCUCCCUCCUCCUGCAACUCAAGGACGGUUUGCCCGAAGAUAUGGAUGUCAUCUACGUCGGCUCCCUUCGCGUCGAAGUUGAAGGACACGAGCAGGACGAGAUAUCCCAAACUCUUCUCGAGCGGUUCAAAUGCGUCCCGGCUUUCCUCGAGCCCGACCUCUUGGAUCGCUUUUACCACGGAUUCUGCAAGCAGCAGCUAUGGCCGCUGUUCCACUACAUGCUACCUUUCUCCGCGGACCACGGUGGCCGUUUCGACCGAUCUCUUUGGGAGGCCUAUGUCCUCGCCAACAGGGUCUUCUCCCAGAAGGUUAUCGAGGUUAUCAACCCCGAAGAUGAUUAUGUGUGGAUUCAUGACUACCAUCUUAUGGCCCUCCCCACUUUCCUCCGCCGCCGCUUCAAUCGCCUCCGGAUGGGAUUCUUCCUACACAGCCCAUUCCCUUCUUCGGAGAUCUAUCGCACCCUCCCGGUGCGUGAGGAGAUCCUGAAAGCCCUUCUCAACUGCGACCUGGUUGGCUUCCACACCUUCGAUUAUGCCCGCCACUUCCUCUCCUGCUGCAGCCGGAUGCUAGGCAUUGAGUAUCAGUCCAAGCGCGGCUAUAUAGGACUCGAGUACUUUGGUCGUACUGUGGGAAUCAAGAUCAUGCCGGUGGGUAUUCACAUGGGGCAGCUGCAAUCAGCCCUCGCCUUACCGGAUAAGGACUGGCGCAUCUCGCAACUCCAACAGCAGUUCGCUGGAAAGAUGGUCCUCCUAGGUGUCGAUGACAUGGACAUAUUCAAAGGUAUAAAUCUCAAGCUCUUGGCCUUUGAACAAAUGCUGAAGAUACACACCAAGUGGCAGGGCAAUGCUGUCCUCGUGCAGAUUGUCAAUCCUGCAAGGGGAAGGGGAAGGGAUCUUGAAGAGAUCCAGUUGGAGAUUCAGCAGAGCUGCAGGAGGAUCAAUCAACAAUUUGGGAAUGCUGAUUACAAACCUAUUGUCUUCAUUGAUCGGCCAGUAUCAAUCGAGGAGAGAAUUGCCUACUAUACGAUCGCAGAUUGUGUUGUAGUCACUGCAGUGAGGGAUGGAAUGAACCUUACACCUUAUGAAUACAUUGUCAGUAGGCAGGGAAUUGCUUCUGGAUCGGAUUCUGGUUCUGUUUCAGAUGGUCCAAAGAAGAGCAUGCUUGUGGUUUCUGAAUUCAUCGGAUGCUCUCCUUCGCUUAGCGGGGCAAUUCGAAUUAAUCCUUGGAACACAGAGUCGACGGCAGAGGCUAUGAACGAAGCAAUAUCAAUGAAUGAUGUAGAGAAGCAAGUUCGCCAUGAAAAGCACUACAGUUAUGUCAGUUCUCAUGAUGCUGCUUACUGGUCUAAGUCAUUUAUGCUCGACUUAGAGAGGACAUGCAAGGACCACUUCAAGAAGAGAUGCUGGGGAAUUGGUUUGGGAUUUGGUUUCAGAGUUGUUGCACUCGAUCCGAAUUUCCGGAAGCUCAACAUUGAUGGUAUUGUUUCAGCCUAUCAGAGGUCUAAGAGCCGAGCCAUUUUGUUGGAUUAUGAUGGCACGGUUAUUCCACAGGCAGCCAUUAACAAGACACCAAGUGCAGAAGUUAUCUCUAUUCUUAACACACUUUGUGGUGAUAAAAAGAAUGUAGUCUUUAUAGUUAGUGGCAGGGGUAAGGACAGCUUGGGGAAGUGGUUCUCUCCUUGCAAAAACCUUGGAAUUGCUGCAGAGCAUGGUUAUUACUUGAGAUGGAGUCAGGAUGAGGAAUGGGAAACCAGUGGCCAGAGUGCUGAUUUUGAAUGGAUGCAAAUGGCUGAGCCUGUAAUGAAAUUGUAUACAGAAUCAACUGAUGGGUCCUCAAUUGAGAAGAAAGAUAGUGCUUUGGUGUGGCACCAUCAGGAUGCAGACCCAGACUUUGGAUCUGCUCAAGCAAAGGAGUUGCUUGACCAUCUGGAGAGCGUUCUCGCUAAUGAACCUGUGUUAGUCAAGAGCGGCCAGUUCAUUGUUGAAGUCAAACCUCAGGGUGUCAGUAAAGGUAUCGUUGUGGAGAAGAUCUUAUCCUCAAUGGUUGGAAAACAUAAGCAGGCAGAUUUUGUGCUAUGCAUUGGUGAUGAUAGGUCCGACGAGGACAUGUUUGAAUGCAUAAGUAAUUCUCUAUCAAAGGAUCUGGUGGCACCCAACACAUUGGUAUUUGCUUGCACCGUUGGCCAGAAACCGAGCAAAGCAAGGUACUAUCUCGAUGACACUGUCGGCGUAACGAACAUGCUCGGAGCUCUUGCAGAUGCCACCGAACCACCGCCACCUUCAUUUGAUUCUAAACCAGAGUCUUCUUCCCUCCCAACUGAAUUCAAAUCUGCACAAUCCUCCACAUGAAGUAUUUGCUUACAAAACUCAAUUUUGCUGAUGAAUAUGGAGUUCAGGAAAGAAGAUGAUAUAGAUAUAAAUAUUAUAUAUAUACAAAUAUAUAUACUUGGCUCUUGAUGGAACUUGUUACAUAUCGACGGAACAUUUGAAGCCCAAACAGGUUCGCUUUCUGAUUGCUAGCAGUUUUUAAUUAUCUUGACAGAUGGAUGAUUCUUUUAGUCUGUGAAUAGGAAAUGACGCUACUACAGAAGAAGCAGAUUUCUGUUUUUUUUUUCCUUUUCACUGCCAAAUUAGGAGUAUUUCUGGUAGGUAGAACGCCUCUAUUGAAAUGAUUUCGCUAUUCAACUUGUGCAAUGAUGGUUGGAAGCCUGAUUUAUUGACAAAUGGUUGUGGCAUCUUCUGAUUUAUUUUUUAUUUUGUUGCCCAUAAUUAAUAUAAACCGCGAGUUUGUCCUUUUUUGUAGGAAUUAUAUUCCAUAAUUUAUUUUUUUUGUUGA